AUGGCGACAAUGAAGGCAGCUCGUUAUCAUCCUGAGACGAAUACAUGUACGGUAGAUGAGAUCCCAAUCCCAAGCAUAGAUGACAAUGAGAUCCUGGUCAAGGUUGCUUCUGCGGGCUUGUGCCACUCGGAUCUCAUGUUGUUUGAUGGAUCCAUUCCCGCCACAGAGCCCGUAGUCAUGGGCCACGAGGGCGUCGGUUAUGUGGAGAAGCUCGGUGCAAAUGUCAAGGGCUUUAAGCCUGGUGACCGUAUUGGCUUCCUCUAUAUCAAGGGAGUCUGCUUCGAGUGCGAAGGAUGCCAGGUGCACAAUCUCAACUGUAAAUUGGGCACCGCAAGACUCCAGGGCUUUGGCACCGAUGGCUUCUUCGCCGAAUAUUCUGCUGUGGAUUAUCGCAAUGCCAUUAUCCUCCCAGAUAAUCUCCCAAUGGAAACCUCAGCACCAUAUUUCUGUGCUGGUAUUACAGCCUUUCACGGAGUUGAUUCGUGCGGUCUCAAGCCUGGUCAGUCUAUAGUGAUUGUGGGCUGCGGAGGUCUGGGACAGAUGGGGAUUCGAUUCGCCAAAGCCAUGGGCCUGAAAGUCAUUGGACUUGAUAUCAAUGAUGAAGUCCUCGCAGCGGCAAAGGAGAACGGUGCAGAUGUCCUGGUCAACAGCAGAGACCCGGACUAUGAGAAGAAAGUCAGAGACGCUACCGGGGGUGGCGCGGACGCCGCUGUUGUCUUCAGCGCUGCCCAGGCGGCCUACGACAGCGCGACUAGAAUCCUACGCCUCCAAGGGAUCCUGAUGGUUAUCGGUCUUCCCUCUAAGCCUCUUCAAUUCAAUUCCUUAGAGUUGAUGAGAAAGUUAUACCAGAUCAGGAGCGAGAGUACGGGCCCUCCACAACAGAUGCCACGGGCCAUUGAGUUCAUUUCCAAGCAUGAAAUCAAGCCCAAGGUCGAGCUGUACAAGCUGGAACAGAUCAACGAGAUGAUAGAUCUGAUGAAGAGUGGCAAGUCAAAGUCGAGAAUGGCGGUAGUCUUUUAA